GCACACUCGGAGCGUAUUGGAUGACCCCAAAUCCCUUCUUCCUCAUCCGCAGAAACCCUAAUUCGAUCGAGGGUUUAUGCUUGCUCCCAAAUUCAGAUUCAUUCCAGAUCAAUUCCUUCGAAACGAUACCCAAUUCAUUGCAUAGAAACCGGAAAUUCCUCUCCCGAAUCAAUUGCAUAGCCCGAUGAUGCUGUAGAGAGCUCAUCAAUGGCGGAACCCUACUCGUUCAGACAGUCCAAGAAAUCCUCGCACCGUACCAAGCUCCCCUUCGAUUACCAAAACCCGUACCCUAGCUAUGAAGGUUACGGCGGAGAAUCCGACAGGCAACCCCCGAAGAGGCAGAGGUUGGACGGGGUGGAGCAGGAGUACGCCCCGAAUUCGUCGGGUGGGCCCUCGAUUUGGACCGAUCAGUUGUCCUUUCUGCUGCUAGAUGUGUGGGGGCAGAGGUUCCUUGAGCUGGGGCGGAGGAGCCUGAGGUCCGAGGACUGGGUCGAGGUUGCGGAGAAGGUAACAUUGAAGUCACGGGUCGAGGUCUCGGAGGUAGAUUGUAGGCAACAGUUGGAUAAGUUAAAGAGGAAGUAUCGGAAGAUAAGGUCGGAUAGUACGGGGAUGGCUAAUUACGGGUGGAAGUUCUAUAAGAAGAUGGAUAUGUUGUUGGGCAUGGAAAUGGAGGAAGAUGGGCCGCCCUUGCCUUGUGGGAUUGAUUCAGGGGAGUAUUGCUUCGCUGACACGAGGGUUUAUUUGAACCGGUCGAACGCUUUUGAUGAGAUGAGGGAUAGCCCGUGCGAGUCGGAGGAAAUGGAGGAUGAUGAGGAAGAGGAGGAGGAGGAAGAUGAUGAUUUGCCGCCGAGGAGGAAGCUCGGAGGAGAUGGGGAGGAGGGAAUGAGGGUGUUGGCGGACUCAAUAGAGAGGUUCGGGAAGCUCUAUGAGAGGAUAGAGAGCGACAAGAGGGAGCAGAUGAUGGAGUUAAGGAAGAUGCGAGCGGACUUCGACAGGGAGCUGGAGUUGCAGAAGGAGGAGAUUUUGGAAAAAGCAAGUGCUGAAAUUGCAAAAUUACGGGCAGGAGCUGAUGGCAGUGAUGAUAAUGACAGCAACGAUGAGAUUAACGAGGAAGAUGAAGAGGAGGAGAAUAGAGAUGAUGAUGAUGAUGGAGAGGAGGAGGAUGGCUGCAAUGGUGUAUAAGGAAGAAGAUCAGGGUUGCCGGGUCGGUGGGUGCUUUAGUUUUUAAUGUGGAAGUUGAGUUACUCACUGUUCUGGGAAGUAUUACUUUUGGCUUUUAAUACUGGGAUCAUGAUUGUAGUGCGUAGGUUAGAAUUUGUACAACCGUAUGUUAGAGUUGCUUGAUCAAUGAUAAUUUAGAAGUUCACGCUCCAUGGACUGUCACCUAUGCUAUUGGCUCAUCUGAAGUACUGUACUCCCUUGGGACCAAAAUUUGGCAGAGGAAUAUAUAGAUCCUUCCGUUAAAGUUA